GUCGUUGACGUUUGUUUGACAAUUGUGACAUGUGACUUUUAAAGGUUAUGUUGUGUUCACUUUCAUAAACAAUUAAAUUUAAUUAAAAACAAUGUCCAAAGCCGUUGCUCGAAUGAAAUCCUUGAAAAAGGUAGUCGAAAAAGUAAAACAUGGCAAGUUAAAAACAAAUAUACCAGCGGGAUUAGCGGCCGCAGGGCCCCCGCUAGGUCCCAUGCUUGGUCAAAGAGGUAUCAAUAUCGCAGCAUUUUGUAAAGAUUUUAAUGAGAGAACCAAGGACAUUAAACAAGGAAUUCCUUUACCUACUCGAGUUAUUGUAAAUCCUGAUCGGAGCUAUGAGCUUGUUAUACACAAGCCCCCAGUAGUGUACUUUUUGAAGCAGGCGGCAGGGAUUCAGAGAGCGGCAAUGGAACCAGGUAAAGAAAUUUCCGGGAAAGUCACAUUAAAGCAUGUUUAUGAAAUUGCGCAAAUUAAAAGAGAAGAUCCAACUCUAGAAACGAAGUCUUUAGAAGAAAUGUGUUUAAUGAUCUGUGGUAUUGCAAAGUCAUGUGGAAUUGAAGUUGUGCGAGAUCUUGAUCCUAAAGAGUAUGGAGAGUUUAUUAUUGAGAGGAAAGCGAUAGUAGAACAACAGAAAAAAGAGCUACAAGAGAAGAAAGAGGCCAAAAUGUUGCGUACUGGAUGAACUGUUUUGUGUACAAAUGUAGUUAUUUUUAAAAUAUAAGAAUAAUAAGUAAACAUAAUAUUGUUUACGUUUUAAUAAAGUACAUAAUGGCUCUUGCUCUGCAAA